GGCAGCGAGUGAUUGGUUCGGCUUGGCGGAGUCCCGGAGUCGCGACGGGCUGGCAGGUGUCCGAUCCCGGUCCCAAGUCCCCGUUGGUGGUUUGGCAGACCGAGGGCAGGUUUGUGGCCUAGCCCCCUCCCCUUUCCCCCCUUACUGAUUUGGCAGUGAGGGACCGCAGAUGGCAACUCCGUCCAGGGAGCAGCCAAGCCAGCUGAAGGUGAGGCAUGUCGUCCCCCUGACCAGGGACACUCAGAGCAUCUACAGUCUGGCAAUCUCUCCCGAUGGACGGCAACUCAUGGUCGGCUUCGGCAAUGGAGCCAUUCAGGAAGUGGACCUGGAUGGGGGGAAGCCGGUGCGAGAUCUGUACAGCGGAGGGGUAUCCCGUCAGGCGACCACAGGCCUCUGUUACCACCCGAGUGACAGCAGCCGGCUGUUCGCAGUCGGGGCCGAUGGGACAGUCGGUGUCUACAACACCCAGACUGGUGUGUGUGUCUCCUCCUUCACAGAGGAGGGCAACCAGCUCUACGCAGUGGACAUCUCUGCAGACGGAUUGACGUUCGCCACUGCCGGAAGGAACAGGGCCAUCAGGGUCUACGAUGCCCGUCACAACCAGUUGAUCAACAUUCUGGAGCCAGCGGACUACGUCAGCAGUGGGAAAGAGCUGCGGCCGGCAGAUGGACACAGUCGGCGAGUCUACGCCCUCCGCUUCCACCCUCAGGAGCGACACAUCUUUGUCUCAGGGGGCUGGGACGACUCUAUUAAGGUCUGGGACAAGCGGCUGCCGAGCGAGGCCCGGAAGGUCAUCAACGGACCUCACAUCUGUGGCCCCGGAAUCGACAUCAGGAACAAUAAGAUUUUGACCGGCUCCUGGGUUGCUCGUGACGCUCUGCAGAUCUGGGAUUUCCGGAAAUCAUCGGCGGAGAAGAACAUCCCUUUCCCUUCGGAUCAGGACCAUGGAGAGUUCAUCUACGCGGCCCGCUACUGCACGGGAGACACCGUCAUUGCUGGUGGCAGUGGGACCAAUAGUGCACAGGUCAUCAAUAUCAGGACAGACACGGUCCUGGGAGAGAUCAAGCUACACCAACCUGUGCACACAGUGGAGACUGUCCUGGACGGACGGCAGAUCGCAGUGGCUGGAGGUCGGGGAAACUUGCACGUUGCUUAUCUGCUGUAGUGUGGCUCUGAAAACUGUCUGUGCAUUAGUGAAGUUCUUAUUACACGUCUGGA